CAUAUAAACUUCAACACAAGAGCCAAAACUCAAUCUAACCUCCAAUGGCUGCCACCACCAUCUUCACCACCCUCCUCCUCCUCCUCACCAUCUCCGCCACCAUCCAUGGCAGAGAAAGCCAAUUCUUUGCAAAAGUCUCCAACAACAUUCCACAAGAAGCACAACCCUUAAACACCAAUCAACAAGACUCCAAAACCGGCGAUUCUUACGGCCUCUACGGCCAUGAAUCCGGCCAACUUCCUCCCUCUGCCACCACCACCACCACCACCGCCACCACCACCAACAACAACAACAACCUCCCUGCCAACCUCCCGGAAAACUACAACCCUGUGGCGUACACCACCCCCAUCCACAGCAGCACCCAAAACCUCGCCGAUGAAUUCACUGAACCCCAAGCAUUCCAGUACAAUGGCGACGCCACCAUGUACAGCAACCAGAAGGAUAACCAGUUUUCCGGCAAUGGCGACAACGAUAUGUACAACUCCGAGAAGCAAGAAAUGGGAACAAAUGGCGGCAAUAUGUACUACUCCCAGAAGCAGGGGAUGAGUGAUACCAGAUUCUUGGAGAACGGAAGGUACUACUCUGGGGGCGAUAAUGGGUACAACCCACGGAAGCAGGGGGCAAUGGAUGGCGCGAUGUUCGCGGAGAUGGCGGAAGAUGGGGGCAAUAUGUACAACUCCCAGAAGCAGGAGAAUGGAAGGUACAACCAGGGUCAAGAAAUGUACAACUCCCAGAUGCAGGAGAAUGGAAGAUACAACCAGGGUCAAGAAAUGUACAACUCCCAGAAGCAGGGAAGCAAUGGAAAUAUGUACAACACUGAGAAGCAGGGUAUGAGUGAUACAAGGUUCCUAGAGAGUGGAAAGUACUAUUAUGACCUCAACAGUGAAAACCUCAAUGCAAAUGCAAACAUGAACUCAAGAGGAUUUCAAUACAACAACAAAGGGUAUUAUGGGAACAAUGAUGUUAAUUCAUAUGAAAGGUACAAUUCCAAUGGAGGGUAUCAAAACCAAGAUGAAUUCCAAGAGAACCAAGAAGAUCAAUUCAACCCUUGAUGGUAAUUUUGUCUUUUCACAUUUCUAGGUAAUUUAAGGGGGGAGGUAUGUGCAUGAAGAUAUGGGUGUUUUAAGAUAAUGAUAAUUUGUGGGGUUUGGUGUUAUAAGUGUUCAUUAUGUCAUAUGCUUUGUUAGGGAAGCCAAAAUAUAAAGUCAAAAUCAAUUUGUGUGUUGUUUUGUCUUGUGGUCAACCUCAUGCUUUGAAAGAAUGUACUUUGAGCUUUAAACUUUGUACCUUGGCAACGAUUUUUCAUCG